AGAUUACUGUCUAAUGGGAUUAAUCGGAUGUGUACGUUUGAAAAUUUGUUUAGUUUAAGUGUACCAUAAUAAUUGAAAUUAAAAUGGCUUUUGGAUGCACAGAUUUUGUGAAGAUGAAAAAAGAAUUAACAUGAAACAGCAGCAGUUCUUAAUUCUAGAAUUAAUUUUGAAAGAAGUGUGCCAAAAUAAUUUCUUUUGGAGUGUCACUGAAAGAACUUUGGUAAAAUCCUGAUGCAAAACUAAUGGUCAAAGACCCUGAUUACCUUUACCACCCUGUCCAUACGGAAUCCCCACCAGGAAGGUCUUCCCAGGGAUUAGAAGAUUUUGAAAAAAUGCCGCAUGUUACACGGAAAUGGGAAUUAUUUGCUGGAAGGAAUCGCUUUUGUUGUGAUGGGCGUAUAAUGAUGGCCCCACAAACUGGUGUGUUUUAUGUGACUCUUGGCCUUAUAGUGGGGACUAGUGGUCUCUUCUUUGCAUUUGACUGUCCAUAUCUCGCAAUUCAAAUAACACCUGCCAUUCCAGUAAUAGGGGGAGUGCUGUUUCUGUUCGUCAUGUCAGCAUUAUUAAGAACCAGCUUUAGUGACCCUGGUGUUAUUCCAAGGGCUACACCAGAUGAAGCUGCAUACACUGAAAAACAAAUUGUUCCAAACAGUGCCAACUCACCUACAUAUCGCCCACCACCAAGAACAAAGGAUGUCCUGGUUCGAGGACAACCAGUUAGGCUCAAAUAUUGCUACACGUGUAAGAUAUUCCGACCACCUCGAGCAUCGCAUUGUAGUCUGUGUGACAACUGUGUUGAGCGAUUUGACCAUCACUGUCCAUGGGUAGGCAACUGUGUUGGCAAGAGAAAUUAUCGAUAUUUCUACAUGUUCAUCAUAUCUCUAGCGUUCUUGUGUGUGUUUAUCUUCGCAUGCGCAGUCACACAUCUCAUUCUUCUUACAAGAGAAGAUCAACCAUUUCUGGAGGCUGUGAAAGAUUCUCCUCCAAGUGUGAUUGUUGGAGUUGUGUGUUUCUUUAGUGUCUGGAGUGUUUUGGGACUUGCCGGUUUCCACACAUACCUUACCACUUCAAACCAAACUACAAAUGAGGAUAUCAAAGGUUCGUUCAGUAGUAAACGAGGUCAAGAAACUUUUAAUCCUUACAGUCAUGGGAAUGUCUGCUCCAACUGUUUCUAUGUGUUAUGUGGACCCAUACCUCCAAGUCUUAUUGACCGACGAGGUAUUGUUACUCCUGAAUUUGCUGCUGAGCAAGCCAGGGCAGCAGAAGACAGGGAUGCAGUUAUUACAAAUAACAAAACAUAUGGAACUGUCAAAACUGUGCAGUCAAUGAAUGGCAUAAGUCAGACAGGCAGUCUCACCAGUGAGGCAUCCGGCUCCUCACAUGUCUUGGUUCCUGUACAUCUACAGCAGCAGCAAGUGGUACAGGCACAGUCCCAGCCCCAGCAACCCCAUAGCAGCCAUAGCAACAGCAACAGCAACUUGCUUCUGAACCAGGCAGUGAUGUCUCCUUCACUUGAUGGAAACAACUCAAGUAAUGUAUCACAACUUGUAAUGAAUGGGACCAAUGUUGGCAUCAAACCUACAGUUCCAACAGACAUUGAUGAUGUUAUGUUAACUGUGACGGGUGGCAAUGGUGAUGUAGGUGGAGAGAGUUGCUCAACCACUGAAAUGGCAGACUUGGAUCUCUCAGAAGUGGUGAUGUGUGACACAAAUGUUGUGCCCCUAAGUGCUAGCAGAUUGCGCUUGCUUCAGGACACCACAAUGAUAGAGUCUGCAUUGGACUUGGAUUCUCUAGAAGAAUCUUCUGUGGGUGCAGGUAGUCAAGCAGGUCUCUUGAAACUGAGUGCAGUGUGAGGAUGGAGUGGUGUGUGGGUGUGAGGCAGCAUCAGGUUGGUAUUGUAGCUUUUUGCAGAUAAUGAUUGUUUAGUAACACACAGACAACUGCAAGUUGUUAAACAUUCCAUGUCAUGUUACAGGAAAGAAAAGAUUUUAUUUCUUUAUGUGAGCAUUUAAGUAUGAAAAUGAACAAAGGAUAUAACAUGUGGAAAAAGAACUUUAAAUUGGAGAGGGAAAAUGUAUUUUCUUUUAUAUUUAUUUUGAGAUUUGUUUUCUACUUUCACUGCCCCUCUGUAGGCAACCAAAUAUGUCAACAACCUUAUAAAAAAUAGAGAUCUAGAAUAUAUAUUUUUCUUAAAAUGUAUUUUCUUUGAGGGUUGUUGUCAGUAUUUAAUGUUUACUUGUUUCUGAGUGUUAAUGCACUGAAUUUCUUAUGCAUACAACAUUUUUGAAAAUUGCCAUGUCACAUGCUUAUGGCUGUCCUGUGCUCCCAUGCUAUUUGUAUAGCCGCUAGGAUCACUGCAUUGCAGUAUCUUCUGUUUCUAGCUCAAGGAUUGGAAUGCAUGGAACUUCAUCUGUACCUGACAUGGAUUCUUUUAUGUUCACACUGUUACUAGACAAUCCUAAUGCAAGACAAUGGUGACUUGCAGUGAGAAUUUAUAGUAAGGCCUGAAGUUGAGUUGAUCUCAGCAGUUUCACAAAAGGACCUAUGUAAGUAAUGGCCUGUAGAAGCUUUCAGUUAUUACAAAGGCUUUAAAUUAUAUAUUAUCAAUAUUUUUAAGGACACUGUUUUAUGUAAAGAUGUUCAUGCUUCCAUUGUUUUCCCAUGAGUUCAAAUUGUUCUAUCAUAUUGGGAGAAGGGAUUCAUUUUAUCCCUGAUUUAUAUUUCAUUUUGUUCUUCCCGUAGAUGUUAAUAGAAGUAGUGUGAGAGGAUAUUAGGAUAAUAGUGAGGUGACAAGGUAUUAUGCUAUUUGAAUGUGAAUGGUAAUUUUUCAUAUAACUUCUGUUAUCCCACUUUCUAAAAUAUUUAUUAUAUUUGUUUUAAAAAAUUAAUAUAGAAAACUGUCUUAAGUGGCUUAAGGGUUGGACACGUGAUUUUCAAUUUAAAGUAGUGUAUGGAUUUUUGUUUCUGCCACCAUGUUCAGACCAAUUCUAGAGCCCAUCAAGCAUAAAAAAAAUUAUCUUGGACUAUGGGCUGAAUGAUUGAGAUUUGAUUCCCAGUAGGGGUAAUUAUUUUUGACUUUGCCAACAUAUCCAGACCUGUUCUGGGGCCUACUAAACCUCCUGCUCUGUGGGCUAUUGGGUGCUUUUUCCCCAGGGGUAAAGCAGCUGGAGUGAUGGUUGGUCACUCAUGCCCAUGUAGUGCUGAGGUUAAGAAUGCAUGGAGCUUUACCUCCCUUGUGCCUUCAUGGUGUGGUUCUUAGAGAAGGAACUAGUAAAGAAGUUUUUGACCAGGAAACAAAUAUGGAUGUUAGAACAACUACUGUAUUAAUCUGAUUUGGCCUUGUGUGACUUUUCCGUGUUCCUGGAAUUAAAAUUCUUGUUUGAAUUACUUAUGAUGUAUAAACCAGUGCAAUGACAAUACUGAAAGGACUUCUGGGGAAUGUUAUCCAGCAAUAUUUCCAGGCAGAAAUGAUGUAGGUGUUACAGAAUAAUUGUAUUAUUUAUUUGUCAGACCUCUUAUUCUGUCUCCAGUUCCCAUAUUAUAUUUCUUCAUAUUAAAUUAUUAAGUCGUUUUUGUGAAAUGUAACAAAAAAUCUAGGGUUAGUGUUAUAGUCCAUCUGAAUAUGGUUGUGAGAGGGAUAAUGUAGGAAGUGCUGCAUUGAAUAUUUGCCCUAGUAUAAUCAUUGUUCUGUAAUUAAAUAAUUACAAAUUGCAGCAAUUCAAGACUAUAGUUUAUCUUGUCACCCUGCUAAUAAUUCUUGAACAUUUUAGUUGUUUAAAGUUAGAAUGUUAUGUGGUAUGAUGAUUGUGUGAUGAAUGUGAAAGUUGUGUUAAUUGAAUAAUUAUGAGCAAAGUGGUUCUUCGAGGAUAUGACUAAGAUUUAUGAAGUGAAGAAACUGACAUCCACACACAUAUACAUUUUAAGAUAAAUUUUAUAAACUUCUCAUGAACUGCAAUACAAAGAAAUGAAAUGCUGCAUCACAUCUUUACUAAGGUUAAUUUUUUGUGAUGGUCCUUGGGGCCAAAGGAAUAUAGUAAUUUGUAGUUCAGUAGUUAACUGAAAAUUCCAAAAUAGCCUCUGUUUGGUCUUGAAUCAAGCUGCCUUAGUACUUCAUGGUUCUUAUGUCAUUUUGUUCAUUUCAUUUUUUAUAUGGCAGUAGAAAGUUAAGGUAUAAGUUGGCAUGUUUCCAUCUUUUUUCUUCCAUGAUUUUGACUUUUUUUAUGAGAUGUUGAUUGUACAAGGUUUCAAGAAAUGACACUACUAUGUAAUGGUGACUGAAACAACAUUUUACUGGUGUUAAUUCUGCAUAUUUACAUGUUAUUUGCUCUUUGGUACAUUUAUUCAUUGCUUUUAAAGGAUACAGUGUAUCUAAAUGACAUAUAAAGAGUUGGUUUCUGCUUCUCCUGGUUUCCAAAAAUAUGUUUUUUAGUAAGAAAGAGCUGUGCUGUAUGUACAUUCUGAUAUGACCAACUAGAUAUCUGUAGUUUAAUGAUUUUUUUGCUAAAUAAGUGGUUGUGAAUUUAGAUUCACAAAUUUUUUUGCACUCUGUUGUCAGCUUGAGAUGUGGUUAAUAUCUCCAAAAUAUCUAAAUGGUUUGUGUUUAUUACAUUUGUAGAAUGUCAUAUAUAUGAAUUACACACACACACACAAACACAAACUGUUCCAAAAUUUAUGCUCUUGUGGCCAUAGUGUUUUGAUACUGCUUUGUUUAUAUUUAAAAGAAGUGGAAUGUGAUCAGUGAAGUACAGUUUCACUUUGCCUGAAAAAAUAAUAUUAUGAAAUUGUUUAAUUUCCUACUGGGUCCAUUAUUGAAUGGACAUUUGCAGGAUUCAUUUCUUUUAAAGAUGGCAGUCAAAUGUAGGUGGCAUAGCCUAAGAGCAGUGGGUAGUUGUGAGCUCCCUGCUUAUAAUGUAAUUUAAAAUUCCAGUCUAGAAACAUAGAAAAAUUAUGAAUUAUAAAAGUCAGAGAGCAUACAAAUCUGUUUGCUCUGGUUUUAAAAUUUCCUGACUUAAUAUGAUUUGUCUGUUUCAUUGUGGGUUAUCAUUUAAUUCUGCAUUUAAAAAUGUAAAGCUGUCAUUAAGUAACAGUGAGAACAACCUCAUAUUAUAAUUCAUUUAACCUAGAACUGCAUACCAGGUUGCCUUUGCUCUUUUAUUUUUAAGGCUACACCCCUGGUCAUUUGUAAAAACACAGCAGUAAAUAGACUCAGUAGUAUAAAUAACAGGGUGCUUUUUAAUACCCUUUUUGCUCCUAUGUGGAGCAUAGGAUCCUCCUUUUGGAGGUUUCCUUGAUCUAUUUAGACUCCUUGGACGAGUGAUCAGCCCAUCACAGGCCCUCUACCUGUACACAGAACAGCACAACACAGAAAUAUGUGGACAACAUCCAUGCCUUGAGUGAGAUUCAAACCCAUGGUCCCAGUGUCCAAGCUCAUGAGGCCCAUGCCUCAUACUGUGCUGCCACUGUGACCAGCAGCAGGGUGAAAUAAAUCUGUAUUAAUGACAUUGUGGCUAUAUAUUUCUUACCCCAACAGUUUUCAAACUGUGGUACCAGUACCCCUUGGGGUACCAUAAAUUAUCAUUUAUAUACAUAUUUACAUCAUUAAUUGAAUACUAGCUUUGAGCAAUCCCAUGUCGCAAACCCGAGAUUGUAGGCCUUUAGCAAAGCUAAUAUACCUUGAAAGUUCCUUCCCUUCUUGAAACUUGAAGUUAGUUUACAUACUUUCUGCUUUUGGAAUUUAUAUAACCAAACUGUGUUAUAUACUUUCUUUUCUGUCAGCAAUACAAAUGUAGGUUGUGUAUUUUCCAAGUUUAUUUUGCAUAUGGUACCAUACUCUUCUCUGAUGUGGUGCCAAGCUUAACAAGUCUGAGAACCCCUGUCCUCUCACAUUUAAGAUUUGUUUUUUACAGCACAAUAAAUGGGAACUAUACUUCCCACUUCAAAAUUUCUGGAAGAAUUUCAUGGAAAAAAUACAUCUAACUUUGUAGUACACUGAAACACAUGUGAGGUAAAACUAAUCUGGCACUGAAAGGGUCAGUGUGCAUUAUGUAUUUAUUGUGUUUAUUGUAAAAGUUAGGCUGAUGAAAUAUGUGUGCUAGUAAGAAAGAAAUUUUAUUUGAAUGAAUAACAGAUUUUUAAUGGUAGUUGAAUGCUUAUUUAUAGAUAAUUUGUUACCAUAUAAACCUGUAUACAGUGUAUAUUGUAAAUCUGAACAAACAUAUGCCGUGUUAAUAAACGAGAACCUCCACCAGUUAGACUUUAAGAGAUAUACAUACAUGUUGAAUUACAUUGUUCAGGUUGUUGUUUUCUUUUCUGACCUUUGUCUCUAUUAUAAUAUGAUUUCUUGUAGCUGGGGUUCUAAGAUUCUCUCAGGACUUGCAUGCUCACUUUUUAAAUUGUUGGUAUUGAACUGCUAAUUUAAGGCUGAGAUUUCAUGUGAAUAUACACAUUUCAUACAUGCACAACUGAAUGGUUAUCCUGAUAUUUAUGGCAGAUAUUGCAGGUAUUUGAGCAAUGGUAAACCUCUUGUGCUUGAAUAAAAGGUUUAAGCAGUUACUAUUUUGGUUUAAAACUAGUAAUGCAUUAGUGAUUAGAUAGUAGAUUUACAAGGCAUUUAUCUUGAAGUGAUUAAUUGGAUUUUUAUAUAGAUAAUAUAUGAUUAUGCAACUUGAAAAUAAUUUGUUCUGUAUACUUUGUACAGAGACUGAGAACACUUGCCAUACUGCAGAAUAAUUUGCUGUCCAUGGGCAUCAGUAUUCUGUUCUUUCAGUGACUACGUCUGUUUCCACAUUGUUUCCAGCACCGACCAGCUGGGAGGCCAAAUAUUUAAACAAUCCUAUCUUGUGGGUGCUUGCUUCUCAGAAGUAGAUUUCCUUACUGUUGCCUUUUGGGCAGAAAUCACAAAAGUGAAAGAACCAUAACAUAAUUAGAAACAUUAAAUAAAUCUGUGUUAUGUAACACACAGUAUAUAGACACACACACACCACUUCGUCAUCAGCGUCAUCAUUAUGAAAUCUGGCAGGUUAUGGUUGGCAAGAUGGCAACUUGGAUGGAGGAAAGAAGAAACCCAUACAAAAUCUUAUUUGGGAUAUCUCUUGAAAAGCAAUCAUCUAGAAGACCAGUAAGGUGAUUGGAAUGCUAUAUGAAGGUUGAUAUUAGAGAAAUAGGUUGUGAGAAUGGUAGGUGGAUGAAAUGUAUCCAGUGGUGGGUUUUGGUGUUAAUGGUUGUUGAGCUUUGAUUCCACUGCCAGAGAGUGUAAACUUUUAACUUUUAUUUCAUAAUGUUUGGUGUUCCUCUCAGAGGACUGUGGUAGGCAGACUUAAAAUUUACUGUAUAAUUUUUAUGGAAUAAAAUAUGUCUUAAAUUGCAGCAUUGUACAAUCAUGUAUUUCUGAGGAAACUGAAUUUGCAGUUGUCUGUGAAGUUUUUGUCAUUUGUAUGUCUGCCAUACAAGUAACAAAGUAAUCCCAUUUUUCUGCUGACUUAAAUAUUGCAUCAGUAUACAGCACUGUCGUUUGAUCAGUGAGGCUUUUAUGGGAUUGGAGUGUUGAGGUUUGAUGCUGGCUUGUUAAAACUUACGUUUUCAUUUAUUUAUGACUACAUUUUGUGGUGAAUGCUUGUGCCGGUUGCUUCACCAUAAAAAUUCAGAUUCCAAUGUAUGUUCCAACAGAACAUACGUUUCCUGUGUGAGAUUUUGUUCAAUUUAUAUAUAUAUAUAUAUUGUAUUUUAUAAUGAAUGUGAAUUUAAUAUUUGAUUAAAUAAACAUCACUUUUUGGUUGUACAUUUUAAAUCUAUAUCAAAUUUCUCUUAUCUUUUAAAAUCAGAAUACUGUACAGUACACAUUUUCUUCAUGAAUACUAUAAUAUGCAUAUUUAUUUUAGGACUGGAUUUGAUGACUUACAAACUUUUAAUUGCAAUAUUUUGAUCUCGUGUUAUUUACUAUUUGUAAAAUAUUGUUGUAACUGAAUGUGCCUGCAAUUAUUAUUAUUUUCAUAACAGGAAUAAUAUUGUGUGUUUUUCUUCUCCUGCCUUUGUAUUUUUAUUACACUGAUGUAUAUACCCAUAUGAUUCUGAGCAUGUGCAUGUUUGUAUAUGUGUAUGUUGAUUGUAUAUACUGUAAAUAGUAUAAAACAUUUCAAAAACA